CGACAGUUUUUGUCAACAAUGAAAUGUCCCGUCGGCAGGCAGAAAGAUCAAAAGGUUUCUGUGUUUUGUCUGUGUUUUUCAAACAGAGUUCGAUAUGUGGAAACGGUCGACAACAACAAACAACUAUUCAGUUCACUAUUUUGUUAUGGUGUGUGACUUCAUGCGACAUUUUAUCUGUAUUUAAAGUGUUAAUCUGUGAACAUGAGCGAAAAAAAACAAUGGACAGUUGAAGAAUGUAGCAAUUUAAUUGAAAUCUAUCGAAAGCACCCAAACUUAUGGAACACUUCGCAUAUAGAUUACAAAAAUCGAAUGAAGAAAUAUGAUUCUCUGAAGGAAAUAGCACAACAGUUUGAAACGAAGCAUGAGGAAAUUGAAAGAAAAAUGAAAAAUUUGAUUAGCCAAUAUCAACGAGAAAGAAGAAAUUACAAAAAAUUAAAGAAGUUGGGAGCUGGACACACUUUCAAGGCAAAAUGGUUUGGUUAUUCGGCAAUGUGUUUUUUACACGACAAAAACAAACCUAUUGAAGGGAGCCAAAGCGAAUUGGAUUUUGAGGAUAGCAACCCAUCAUGCAGUGAAGACAGUAAUGCCAAUGAGAGUCAAAUGUGUGAAUUGAGAUGUAAUGCCAAUGAGAAUCACCUGCGUGAAUUGGAUGGUAAUGUUUUGUUUGUUAAGAUAGAAAACCAGGAACAGCAGUCCGAGCUUCUGGAGUUGCAAGAAACUGAACCAAUUACAACACCAACCACAACACAAGAGGAUACAAAAAAACGACCAGUAAAACAACAUUUAUAUUCUGCUCCAAAAACUGAUAAGAAAAGUUCCAAUCUAGUAGAUACUGAUGAUACGAGUACUCCUGCUAGCGAAGCCUUUCAAAUGAUGAAAUUCCUGUACCAGAAAACCCAGACACUCAAAACACGUGACAGAUACUCAAUAUUAGGUGAACUAGUAGAAGAUACAAUACGUAACUUGAAAACAGAUUUUUCAAAGGCUACAGUUGAACAUCAAAUACAUAAUAUUUUAUACGAGGCCCAAAUUGGAAAAUAUGAUUUUCCACAAUAAUCUUCUGUUACAUCUUAUUCAAUUGCGACUUCGUCUUCUAUUAGCACUUCAUCAGCAUCUCCUCAUCCUGUAGAAACUAAUACAUAGUUCAUGUGAAACAUAAAAUUUUUAAAUUA